AUGCUGAUCUCCAACAUGCAGUUGUGUUUGGCUCACUACUGUGACGUCCACGGCCCCACGCCGUUGAUGGUUACGGAGGGCUUGCCCGUCCCUUGUAGUGCCUGCUACGAUCCCGACUCGCCUUCUAUAUCUUUCGAUGGCGACAGGCCGCAGACGGCAGUGCCCUCGGCGCAGGCCACUGCUGCUAUAACCGAUGUAUUGAAGAAGAUGGACCUCGGCGGGCUCCAUCGCAGCUCGUCAUCCCCCGUCUCAGAGCAGGAAGCGCAGACCCAUCGGGCUGCCCUCCUGCGUUCGACUCAGCUCGCACACGCCCCGGCAUCAGCCGUCGAGACACCGCCUGUCAGCCCGCGUCGCUCUACCGACCAGGAGAGGCCCCUGCCGCCGCGGCGCGACUCGAGCUUCCGCAAGACCUACGACGACUAUGUCACGAAGCGUGCCAACCCUUGCGACAACUGCGCCAUGACCCUCCCGCGACGCCAGGAGACGUCGGCCACUGGGCCUCGCAAGGGCAAGAGCAUACCCGGCGGCGACUCUCGCAACCCGACCCUGCGCACCCGCGCCCCUUGCGCUCGUGUCUUUGGCAGCGCCUCGGGAGACGAGUCACCUCCCAGUUCCCAGACAGCCUCGUCUUCCGACACGGAUGGGGACGAUAACCCCAAGGCGGCAACGUAUGCGCAUCGCAGAAGCACCACGGUGACGUCCUCUACCUCCCGGUCAAGCGGGAGUUCCACACCGCAGUACAACAGCCACACCCACUACCUAGACUACACCUCUACCCACGAGCCCAUGGUUGCCAACUCCUUCUCCAUCGUGCGGGCUUCCUGCCUCCGCACCCUGUCGUUCGAGAUGCUCCCUCGCAACGCCGGCGCGGCCUCUGGCUCGGCGAAUGCGACGCCCGUCGCCUCCCCGCAGACACCCUCCUUCGUCACCACGCACAGUGCCGGCGCUGCUGCGUCGGGCGGGCCCAUCUUCUUUGGCGACCCCGCAGCCGGCUACACGACGGCGUACAUCUUUCGCAUCCCGGACAUCCACGCUCGGGGGCACAAGCGAGUCUACGCCUUCCUGGCCCUCAGCACCCAGCGCGAGCGCCUGGCCAUGAAGACCUUUGGCUUUGUGGCGGCCGCCUUCCACGACCUCGCCGUCUGGAUCCAGCAGCUUGCCGAGGCCGAGGCCGACCGCGCGCUCAACGAGUCCUCGGCUACCAGCAGCCCCGUGGUGGCCAACCCGAACUACGGACCGUCGCCCUUCAGCCCCGUCCCGCCGCAGACGCCGCAGGGGAGCAGCAACAACAGCGGCGGCAGCAGCUUCCUGGCGGCGGCGGGCGGUGGCCUGUCGCGCCGCAUGGGCACCGGCUUCGGGGUGUCGGGGAACCCGCUCAAGGCGCGCGGCCUGGCCGAGAUUGUCGGCAUGCCCGACUUCUUCAUCGAGCUCCACUCCCGCUUCGUCCGGCUUCUGUUGGAGCUCGGUGUGGUUCUCAACUCUUGA